AUGCCCCCCACUACCACCACACCCAUCCCAACCCUCCACUCCAAAUCCGACUACCUCCGCGCCAUCACCCACGAAGGCGUCACCAUCCUUCAAGGCACCGCCACGUGGUGCGAAAAAUGCAAACUCAUCGCGCCUGAGGUGCAGAAGAUGGUGGCCGAGUACCCAAACGUGCGGUUCUACACGUACGAUGUGGAGGAGUGCGAGGACAUUGCGCAGGAGUUGGGGGUCCGGCAGAUGCCGUCAUUUAGUGUGUUUAAGGAUGGAGAUAUUCAGGAGGGGGUUACGGGGGCGAGGGCGGGGGAGGUGAGGAGGGCGAUUGAGGGGUGUUUGUAG